CUCUAGCAGGGAAGUUUCUGAGGGUCAUAAAGGAGAAUCUAUACCUAACUCCUUGAAUACAAGGGAGGAAUCUUGGAAAAGCAAAAUGAGGCAUAAUCAGCUAUGUUGUGAGACACCACCUACUGUCACUGUUCAUGUAAAGUCUGGGUCAAGUAGAUCACAUCCGCCUAAAAAACCUAUUAAUCUGAAGCGUCCUAUUUUUAAAGAUAGUUGGCCAGCAUCUGAAAAAAAUGCACAGAAUAGCAACAAGUCUAAACGCCCCAAAGGACCCUGUCUAGUUAUACAGCGUCAGGAAAUGACUGCUUUCUUUAAAUUAUUUGAUGACGAUUUAAUUCAAGAUUUCUUGUGGAUGGACUGCUGCUGUAAAAUUGCAGACAAGUAUCUUUUGGCUAUGACCUUUGUUUAUUUCAAGAGGGCUAAAUUUACUAUAAAUGAGCAUACCAGGAUAAAUUUUUUUAUUGCUCUGUAUCUGGCUAAUACAGUUGAAGAAGAUGAAGAAGAAUCCAAAUAUGAAAUUUUUCCAUGGGCUUUAGGGAAAAACUGGAGAAAAUUGUUCCCUAAUUUCUUAAAGUUAAGGGACCAACUCUGGGAUAGAAUUGACUAUAGGGCUAUUGUAAGCAGGCGAUGCUGUGAGGAGGUUAUGGCCAUUGCUCCAACCCAUUAUAUAUGGCAACGAGAACGCUCUGUGCAUCACAGUGGAGCUGUUAGAAACUACAACAGAGAUGAAGUUCAGCUGCCCCGGGGACCUAGUGCUACACCGGUAGAUUGCUCACUCUGUGGUAAAAAAGGAAGAUAUGUUAGACUGGGAUUGUCUUCAUCAUCAUCUUUAUCAAGUGAUACAGUAGAGGUGAUGGAAAAACAUUCUCAGGAAUCACACAACCCAUUCUCAAUGGGCACAGUAGUUGAUCCUUCUCGAGCUUAUAGCUAUUCUCAAGUAGCCAAUGACCAUCAAUCAAACAAAGAAAAGAAAACUAAUUUCAUGAAGAAAGACAAAUCUAUGGAGUGGUUUACAGGAAGUGAAGAAUGAGAUGGCUCAACUAAACCAACCUGGAAUCAUUAACUACAAUAUGACAAACUGACUAUAAGACAAGUGUCAAAAGGGACAUUUAAGCAGUUUUGAAAUGUUACACAUCUUUUAGCUUUUGUUAUUUUUCAAAAUUAUAUGUAAAAGUUACAAUCAUAUUGAGCUAAAAAUACCAAUCUAUUGAAAGUAAUGAUUUGCAAUAUAAAGUUCUAUUUUGAUACUUUUCUGUCUUCAAAUCAGUUGCUGUCAUCUGAGGUACUCAGUUGUGGUUUGAACUUCCUCAACUUGACAAGAAAAGCUGAUUUAAGGGGAAAAAAAGUAAGGUCAUUAUAAUAAUUAGAGGAAAACACCACUUAAUGUUACCUGAAAACAUUUACUCACCUGUGUGACCUGUUUGCCAGUGUAUAGGUCUAGCAAUAUAGGGAAAUGAUCCAUAUGGAAAAUCAGAAUGUGAUUCUUCUGUUAUAGAACAAAAUAAAUAUUGUAAGCUAUAUAAAAUAUUUCAUAAUUUGUUCAAAUAUUUCAAAACUGUUAAAUUACAAUUAAUGACCCUUUACUGUAAGUUUUUCUUUCACAUAUUUUUUUAGCAUUUUGUUCUGUAGCUACUAUGCCAGUUAUCUUACAGAAAAAAAUCUAUCAAGGAUUACAUGAUAAACUUAUAUAUGGGGUUUUAUAA